UGAGCUCGGAUGAUAUGAUGCAGAUGGGCGGCGAUGGGUGAUACAGCCGCGCAUUUAUGCGAGGUGCAAAGAGUGAGUCGCAGGUGGUGGUGACUUGAGUGGAUGCACCCCCAACGCACUGGCCUACGGCCACCAACACAUGCGCAGCUGCGGCCCGCACUGUGGCACCGCCACCGAGGAAGCAACUUCUUGGUGGCUUCCUUUCCUGGUUUCGGCCUCAGCCUAAACUAAAGACAGACAAGGAAGGGUAAAAGAGAAUCCCCCACCUUGCACUGGCUUCCACGUCCUCCUCGUGCAGUGUUCUCCUCCUACCCGCCUGGUUUCCGUCAGUCCAGCGCUGCAGCUCCAGUUCCUGCGUUUAUUCUAUCCAUCGGAAUCUUGUGAUGAGAUAAAGCUUGGAUUUUGAAGGGGUCUUCCGCUUGGGACACGGCUACCGCCGUCCAUGAGGAAGGUGAAGUCGGAGUCGUGGCUGGGCCGCAUGGGGCUCGUGCGAGAUGGCGGGCGAAAGAAGGGCGGCGCGGGCGGGGGGGAGAAGGCAGCCGCCACUGUCGGCGUGCUGGCCUUCGAGGUUGCGCGGUUCAUGUCCAAGGCCGUCCAGCUCUGGCACGCCCUGGCCGACGACCGCGUCGCCCGCCUGCGCGAUGAGGUCCUCCGCCUCGAGGGCGUCCGCAAGCUCGUCUCCGACGACGACGGCUUCCUCCUCGCCCUGGCACUCGCCGAGACGACCGACGCCCUCGGGUCCCUGGCCCGCGCCGUGGCCGGACUCGGCCGGCGGUGCUCCGACCCAGCGCUGCAGCGGUUCGACGCCGCGUUCGCGGAUCUGGUCAAGACCGGCGCCGACCCCCACGGGUUCGAGUACGCGGGGCGGAAGAUGGAGCGCAAGGUCAAGAAGAUGGAGCGGUUUGUCGCCGCGGGCGCCGACCUGUACCACGAGCUCGAGGUGCUGGCGGAGCUGGAGCAGGGGCUGCUCCGGUUGCUGGCCAACCCCGACGCCGGCGGCCGCCACCAGGCCAGCGUCGCCGAUUUCAAGCACAAGGUCAUGUGGCAGCGGCAGCAGGUGAAGUACCUGCGCGAGGCCUCGCUGUGGGUCAGGACCUACGACUACGCCGUCCGCCUGCUGAGCCGAUCCCUGUUCUCGAUCGUCGGAAGGAUCAGGCAAGUCUUCGGGUUCCCGACGAAGACAGAAGCCACCGGGUGGUCCGGCGGCCGCCGAAAGCCCGCCGCCCGGCUCUCCCGCAGCCACUCCAUCGCCGGCCUGAUGCCCUCCCCCGGCCACUCAUCCGACGGCAACAUGGUCCGCUUGUUCGCCUCCGGGCCGCACGCUGUCCCUCAGCACGAAACCAGAUCCGGGCCUAUAGCUACCAGCAGCGGAGCAUUGGCCGGGCAGUGUCCACCUCCCAGGAUCGGCCUGCCUCCUCCCGCUCGAAAGCGCCAUAAUUCUCGAACCAAGUGGCCGGUCGGCGGCAGAACAUUCGGUGGGUGUAUGGUCGGUGGCAAUGAGCCAGCAGUCCUGCAGAGCUGCAUCCCCAUGGACACCGCCCUCCGGAAGCCAAAUGUGACGCCAUUGACUCCUCCCGGAGCUGAUGCUGCAAGCCCUGAGACCAGCGUAAACAUGUUCGACAUGAUCGAACCCAGGUUCCAGUUGCUGAAUGCUCCAGCCACCACCCUCGGCGCCGCAGCUCUAGCUCUGCACUACGCCAACGUGAUCAUCGUCAUCGAGAAGCUUGCGGCCUCCCCCCAUUUGAUCGGCCCCGACGCCAGAGAUGACCUCUACAGCAUGCUAACCACAAGCAUAAAAGCAGCCCUCAGAGCGAGGCUGAAAUCGUACGCCAAGAACUUGGCUUCAUCCAUUUACGAUCCAGUUCUUGCAGCGGAGUGGAGUGCGGCGGUGACAAGGAUACUGGACUGGCUGGCACCGCUCGCCCAUAACACGAUCCGAUGGCAAUCCGAGAGGAGCUUCGAGCAGCAGAGCUUGGUCUCCAACUCUAACGUUCUUCUGCUGCAGACGCUCUAUUUUGCGGACCAAAGGAAGGCGGAGGACGCCAUUACUGAGCUGCUCGUUGGUUUGAACUACUUGUGGAGAUACGGAAGAGAAUUGAAUGCGAAAGCCAUGUUGGAGUGCGUCAGCAGCAGAAACUUCGAUGACUGUCUGCAGAUACAGGCUUGUCCAGCAAUCCAAGACACUGCUUAACCAAAGGAAGGGGCUUUGGAUUUGCUCUCUGCAAAGCUUGUUCGACCGGUGCAGGUCAUCACAUCACAUCGACAUAUGUUGAUGGACAUGAACACAGGCCUCUCUUGUCAAGCUCGUAUGCCAUGCGAAUAGGCAUUUCCAUGUCCUUUCCGAAGGUGUAAACUACGGCGAUGACGAUGAAACCUUUUGUGAAUUUGUUCGAUAUUAUAGGAAAAUUACUCUUUUGGUUUACAGUUCCAUUUCAUGGCAUGGUUGAUUUGAUGGUAGAGAGAGGUAGGAGGAUCUUUCAUUUUGGUGGCUUUGUGUGCCUUAAAGAAGCAUUUCGUGGA